AUGAUUGUUAAUCAACCAAUAAUUGAAUUAACAAAACAAGUUGCAGUGGCAGUCGAAGAAAUUAAAUUUUCACCAACCAAUACAAGUAAUAGCGGAAAACAACAAAAACAAAAUAGUUGCGACUCACCAUCUGCUAAAUCAAAGACUGGAGCAUCCACACCACAAACACCUUUACAAAAUCAACAACAUUAUUCAAUGAAUUCGUUGAACCCAUAUUAUGCACAACAAGUAUUACUACAGUAUCAAAAACCAGCAACCUUUGUAAAACAUGUUCAUGUAGUUGUAAAGAAUACUCCGUUUGGAAUCACUUUAAAAUCAAAAGAACCAUUGCAAUUUAAUUUUCAAAACUAUGUAAUAAAAGCAACUUUACUUUAUGAUAGUGAUCCUCCAAAGAUGGUAGAUUUCAUUCACAAUGAACCAUUACAAUAUGUAGCAACCGUUAGUGAAGAUGGAACAGAGGUUACUGUUGAUGUUAAAGUUGGUAUUCUUUCGAGUCAGCAUCAAGGUUCAAUGUUUUUAGUGGUGCUCCAUGUUACACAUUGCUCUGCUCCAACACCCUCCAAUACAGAACCAAUAGGAACCAUUUUGACAAAUAUUGGAAAUAACUCUUUACAUAGUUUAAACUUAACGAAUUUAUGUGUUGUAUCUCAUCCUAUCCGAAUCGUAUCUAAACUGGACCACGUUAAAAAAGAAGGUAUUCCCAUUUUAAAGAAAAGAACCUUUCACGAAAUAUUAACCGAUAAACUAAAGAAAUUACAAAAAUCACAAGAUAGCCAAAGUAAAUGGAUUAAAAAUUUAUAUCAACAACAUGGUGCAGAUUUUGAUAUGGAACCAUAUAAAGAAUCAAAAAUAUCUUCAUCAUCUUCAUCAUCAUCUCUUUUAUUAAUUGACAGCGGUAACUCUUCAUCAUACUCAUCAAAUACAUCAACUCCAUCAUUCGCAUCUGCAAAACCUAAUAAAAAGCAACACCCACCACGUGAAGACGAAGAAGAGGAAGAAGAAGAGGAAGAGGAGGAGGAAGAAGAUAAUGAAAGCGAAUCAAGUAGUACCCAACUAAUUGGUAAAAAAAUUAUUAACAAUAAUAACAACACUACUAUCAACACUUCGAUAAUUACAACAACAACCAACAAUUGUAUAAAUUCAAGUAAUAACUUUCAAAAUUCAUUUAAUAGGGUCGUUGAAGUUUAUAAUUUAAUUCCAGAUUACGAAAAACAAGAUGUGAUUAGAAAAAUGGUGGAACAAUUAAAAUCCAUUGAAUUGGAACAAUUGGUAACAACUUUUAUAGAUGAAUUAAAAAGUGGUUAUGAAUCAACUAUAAACUCUGCACAACUAAUGUAA